AAGUUUGAGAGACGGAGGAGAGGACGAAAGAGUGAGAGAGAGAGAUGGCGGCGAUGCAGUGGUGCGGCGCGAUGGCGCGACGGAUGAUGAUGACGCAGAGAACAUCUGCAGCAUUGAACAGUUCGGCGGCGAAGUAUUCAUCUUUAUCCCCGGCGUCUGCAGCUCCGGCGGUAUCGGGAAUGGAUUUAUGCGGGAGAGGAGAUAAGAAGACGAAGAAAGGGAAGAGAUUCAAAGGAUCGUACGGGAACUCGAGAGGGAAGAAGCAGAAGAUGAUUGAGCGAAUCAAAGACAAGCUUGAGGUUCCCAGGUCUACUCCUUGGCCUCUCCCUUUCAAACUCAUCUGAAAACUCUUUUCUCUUUUUUAAAAAAUGUCGCCUUUAAUGGUGGUUGUUCUAUAUACUUCUUCUCAUCAUGAAUCAUUUGAGUAUAAAACUCGUCUCUGUUCAUGAUUUUUUUUCAACUCAUUUGCGAUUUUAGAGGCUUAGAUGUUUCCCCCUUGUGGCUUCAUUUGGGAUCAGAAUCCAAAUUACACGCAAAUUAAUAAGUUU